CAGAGUUAUAUUAACCCUUCACACGUUCUCCAUGUCAUCCAAAUUAUAUUAUGUGCGUGCCUUUAUUGUUUAUUUCUUUUCAUUUUUAACAUGUACACACAGUACACUGGGUUCAACGUUUUACUUCUUUUUUUCUUUUUUGACAUUGUUUUAACAUGUUACUACAGGUAAUUAAGUUGGUUCAUCCCAAUAAAGUCUUCUUAAUUAAUUAAACUUUAAGUAGUCAUAUAUAUAUUUAUAUCUUUUUCCAUUUUCUAUAUAUAAUUUUUUUAGUAUGAAAUUCAAGCAAGAUCUGCGUCCAAAGCUUUCAUCGAGAACGGUGAAACUUAACCCCAUUUUCUUAAACUCCUUCCAUCACGAGAUCCAAUCUCUCAGGCUCAAACCCACGGAGGAGGAAGAGGUGGAAGAUGGCAUCGUUGUCGACGAAUUCGCCAUGCGCGGCGUGUAAGUUCCUGCGACGCAAGUGCCAGGCAGAGUGCGUAUUUGCGCCAUACUUCCCACCGGACCAGCCGCAUAAGUUUGCUAAUGUUCACAAAGUUUUUGGGGCCAGCAACGUCACUAAACUGCUCAAUGAGUUGCACCCACACCAGCGUGAGGACGCCGUCAACUCGCUCGCCUACGAGGCCGAUAUGCGCCUCCGCGAUCCCGUCUACGGCUGCGUUGGAGUCAUCUCUCUCCUCCAAAACCAACUCCGCCAACUUCAGAUGGAUCUGACCUUUGCUAAAUCCGAACUCUCCAAAUAUCAAAAUCUGCAGGGUCUCACUGCCAGUCACGGACUCAUAGCCGCCGCCGCUGCUGCCGCCGCAACUGCCACUGCUGCCACCCACACCCACAGUAACAAUAACAAUAAUAAUAACAAUCACGACCAUCAUCUACAUUUACAGUCCUCUUCACUCAACAACUUGGGGAUGGGGAUCAAUGUCAAUUCAGGCGGCGGAGGCCGAGACCAGUUUUUUCCCAGAGAUCGAGAUCAUCAUUCCUAUCAUCAGCAACAGAUGAUGAUUAGGAGCUUUGAUGGCGGAAACAACUACGAUGCAAGCCUUCUUGCCAUGAACGCUGCUGCAGGGGGCAUUUAUGGCCAACUCAGUCAACAGUUCCAGCAAACUAGGGCUGCUGCUGGUGACGACCGCCGAACCAUUGAUCCUUCUUAAUUAGAAUUUCUUCGUUUCCUUAUCUACUCACAACAACUUCGAUCAACCAAUCCCAUCAAAUUAUUUAAGGUACGUCCAUUAUUUGUUUAUUUAGAAAAAAUACGAUAUUCAUUAAGAAU